GGCUUUGAUGAAGCGGGUGCAUUAUGUACAGCGUAGAAGACCUCCUGAUUUCUCACGGGUACAAGGUGUCACGGAGCGUCCCUGCACCCUCCAGGGAUGAGCGUGAGGGCCGCCGGCCAGCCAGGAGCCGCGCCAGAGCUGGCCAGGACCUGCCCAACGGGUGCGACGACGGCCGGGCCGCCCUCCCACGGAGCAAGCCGUCCCAGGGGAAGGGCCACGCAAGCACCUCAGAGAACAGCCACCGCACUCCCAGAGCCCAUGGAGAGCCCCAGAGCGCUUCGGCUUCCAGAGCUCCUGAGCUGGGGUUUUAUCAUCAGCCCGUGCUAAGGUGGUCCUCUCAGCCCCAGCCUGCUCCCGACCACACCCACCGGAGAAGAAGAGGAGAGGAGGUCAGUGGCGUGCUGGGGCCAAGGGACCAAGAAGAUCUGGAGGACAGAGGAAUGGCCCAAGCGCACAGUCUGCCUGUCCACAUGAGGGAGAGUCCAUGGGAAGUUGGAGGAAGGACAGAGAAUGUGAUGAAGAAGACAGUUUGGGAAGAAGAGCUAAGAAUGGCGGGACCUGCCAAGUGGCAGAAUAUCAGCCUUGAGAGCUGGAAUCAGCCAAGGAAAUUAGGGCGGCAGAUGUCUGAUGGUGAUGGGGAGAAAUUGUUUCAAGAUCUGUACCCAUUCAUGCAAGGAGAGCGAGCACUAAAUUCCCAAAGCAAAGGGAAAUCCCAGUCCUUGCCCAGGGUUCUUUUGCCCGAGAGCCUGAGUUGCAUGGACAUUCCCAUUCCGUUAAACGAUGGACAUUUUCCAGGUGUUCCUAAAAUGCCAUUUUAUCCCCCAAAUUGUGCACCAAAUUUGGAAUCCACAAGGAACCCCGAGAAGAGCGCCUCCUCGGCCCCUUUACCCCGGCCUAAGUUCGGGCGACCCCUCAAGCCCCCAUCUUACGACACUCACCAGCACACCCGGUUGGCAGUGGAGAAGAGCGACUCUCCGGACAGUCAGCAGGCAGACCUGUGCAUCUCCUACUUGAGCAGGACUCACGAGCCCCGGCUGGAGCCGUGUGCGUCCGACUCUGGCUUGGAGCCGCCCGUGUACGUGCCUCCGCCGUCGUACCGGUCACCGCCCCAGCACAUCUCCAACCCUUAUGGGGACGAUCCAGCCCCCCGGCCCGUGUGUGGUGGUCCCCGUCAGCAGCUGGCCCCGAUGGAACUGGCCGGCUCUGGUUGUCGGGUUCCUCCCAGUCCCCCACGAGCCGGGAGCACGUAUGGGGUGAGCCCACGCUCGCCUCGCAGCUCCCCUCGGCAGCCCUGGCCCACCACCGCUUACGACAGCUCUGUUCUCUACAUUCCCUUCGACGACCCGCGGAUCCGACAUUUUAAACUCGCCCACCCCCAGGGUUUCUGUCAGGAAACAAAGGUUGAGGAGAAGUCCUACAACUGCAGUCCCAGCGCCGUCCCCACACCUGCGCCCGGACGCAGUCACCACGAUGGUGCCACCCUGAGCUCAGAGAUGGUGACGACCCUGCCAGGCAGCAUCAGCAGCUCCAUCACCACCGAGCCCAGUCCCCAGCGGCCGUGGGGCCGGCUCUCCAGGGAUGUGGAGAACGGCGGCUUUCCUGACCACAGAGACCACGGCGCCACGAGAGGACGGUGGCCUGCUGUGGGCCGCGGCCAGCAUGGACACACAGAAGGCCCAGCCUCCUCCCCAAGCCCACAGGGCGAGAGUACCUGGGAAACUCGGACCAAGCUCAAGAAGUUUGAAACUGGGAUUCAGACCAAGAAAAGUUCAAAGAAAAAAAUGAAUGAGACGAUAUUUUGUUUGGUUUCCAUCCCAGUUAAAUCCGAAUCACAUCUGCCAGAUACAGAUACGAACAACAAUGACUUAAAACAGAGCACCGAGAAAAAGAAUGGGCUUGAUAAGAGCACGGCUUUGCAAGAACAGAGUCUGCUGAGCCUGUCUUCCACCGACCUGGAGCUGCAGGCUCUCACAGGAAGCAUGGCUGGGAGAACAGAGUUCCAGAAACAAGAUCUGGGGGAACCAGAAGAAGGCAAACAAACAGAUGACCUCAGAUUCAUUCCCCCUGCAAAACACAGAGAGCUCAAGUAUUCUGGCUCAUGGCCAGGGCACCAGUACCGAGAUCAGCAAACACAAACCACUUUCACUGAGGACUCCAAGAGCCCAUGGCACCCCCCCACCGAGAAGCCGGGAGGGUCCCCCAAAGCCGUACUGACUCCCAGAUUUUCAGACCCCAUGGCCUCUGACGCUCACGUGCCCGUGGCAUUAGCUUCCAGGGACCAGAACCAGGGGCCAAAGGCCCCUCCCCUCAAAGGUCAGAUGUCCCUGAGCCCCUCCAGCAACAGCGCUUUCUCGAGAACUAUGUCCUGCACACACCAGGCACCUGUUCUGAAAGCAGUGCCGGGUCAGGCCGACGUGGACGGCCGCGGCCGCGGCCCCAGCCCCAGGCCCCAGGGCGAGGUGGUGAAGGGGGAGACCACCGGCCCCUACAACAGCAAGCAGCCUUUCGGGCAGUUUCUCCUGAAGCCGGUUAGCCGGCGGCCCUGGGACUUGAUCAGCCAGCUAGAAAGUUUUAACAAGGAGCUUCAGGAGGAGGAGGACAGUGGUCAGAGCAGCAGUGACAGUCGCAGUGAGGACAGUGACACAGAGUGGCCGUGCGAAGUCCACGCUGAUGUCCUGGGCAAGACCUGGGGCUUCGGUGAAGACAGCCGGGCCUGGAGAGCUGAGGAGCCCCGAAGGAGGCCGGUGCUGGACGAGCCCGGGGCCCGGCCGGGGAGAGUGAAGAGUAAGUCUGAGAGCUGGAGUGACGAGCAGAAGCCCAGCUGGUCCCCGGCCCCGCCUCUGUCCCCGGGCCCCACGACAGUGGGCGGCGGCAGGGGUGCAGCCUCGCUGUGGGUGCACAGAAGCCUGGGCGCAGAGGAGGGACACCAGGAGGCUGAGCCCAGAGCGUACAAGCUGGCGGACAGCCCGGGUCCGCUGCACAGAGGGACAUCUAGGUCGAGUGACACAAAACCAGUGCCCUCGUCGGAUCCAGCUGAACUGCGGCCACCCCAGGGAGGUGAGGAGCUGCCAGCCGUUUCCAUCUCCGCGGAGCUGAGCGCAGCAGCCCCUCGGAAGGCGGGGGCCGGAGCGGGGCGGAGCCCGCCGCCGCAGCUCUCUCUUGCCAGCAAACCCCGAGGACUCUCCGCGCCGGACUUGAGGUCCGUGGGGCUGCCGCCCGCACGAGAGCAGAGUGCCCAGAAAUUAGAUGGGUUUUUAGGGGAACCGAGUGCAAUAGAAAUCCCCCCAAAUGAGCCCCUUCAAGCGAGGGCUGCAAGGAUCCUAGGCAUUGAGGUGGCCGUGGAGUCCCUGCUGCCAGGCACCAGAACGGGACAGAACCAGCACCCUGAGCCUGACGGGAGUGCCCUCGGGCCGGAGGCCCCCAGGGAGGAGUCUGUGUCCAGCUCAGUCCCGCCGGAUGACCCCAGCUCAGUCCCGCCGGAUGACCCCCCGCUGUCCACUGAUGCCUUUUAUGGCAGGAGAAAGUGCGGCUGGACCAAAAGCCCUCUCUUUGUGGGGGAGAGGGACAGUGACCGUUGGGCUCCCCUGGCCACUGAGCACUCCAAUGUGGACGGGACCAUUCCCAGCGAGGCCCCCAGCCCGGAGCCUCAGCCCAGCCCCCAGGAGUCCCAGCCCUUCAAUCACAAGGAUGUGGGGACAAAACCACCCUUCAGGUCCACGCUGUUCCAUUUUAUAGAAAGGACCCCAAGUGUGCCGGGCUCCGAAAAGCGGCUCAGAAGCACUUCCAAAGUGAUCGAAAGUUUACAAGAGAAACUGGCCUCCCCCCCGAGGAGGGCAGACCCUGACCGCUUGAUGAGGAUGAAGGAGGUGAACUCCGUGUCUCGGAUGAGACUCCUGAGUUCACGGAGCGCGGACUCCGUGGAUGACGCUGAGGACCUAAAGGCCGAGAGGGGCCCCGGGGUGCCGCCCGGAGGCCCGGUGUCUCUGAAGCCCGGGAACAGCCCCCCUGUGUCCAGUGGCGGCUCCCCGCUGGAAGAAGACGGGCAUCCAUCGGCACAGAGGGAGGAGAAGGACGUCCUGCAGGACUUCUGGUGCCCAGAUUCCUAUGACCCUAGCAGAGUGGAGAGGGUGUAAGGAGAUGCCAGUGAAGCCCGAGAUUGCUAGAGUUUCCUCGCGGGGUGUCAUCUGGCCUGCCGGCCCAGCUCGCCCCCGUGUCGGCUGGAGCCUGCUGGCCUAUAGUAUGCGGUCACAGCCUCUCCCACUGCCACCAAGAAACUCCUCGUCCCUCCAGAGUCACUUUGUGGAAAUAAAGCAGUAGUCCGUUGAAACCAUCUGUUUUCAUAAUAUGAAGAGUUAAUACCUAUAUUUAGAAAGGAGCCACAUAAACUCUCCGUAAUGAUGGACUUCGCCAAGCUGGUAAAUAGUUUGGUGUUAAUCUGGUUCUAUGUGAAAAUUCAGACAUGAAUGAUUUUGAAAGGACUGUGAAUGUCAUAAAUUCCCCUCUGCAUCUCUACGGCCUGUCAUCCCUGCUCGCACUAAGGAGUUUGGGACUUGGGCCAGCUGCCUGGCGUUCCAGCACUUUGAGUUGAGGGGAAAUGGAUGAAUAUAUACGACCCGUUUCUAAUCAGUCUAGCCUUCUGCUGCUGCAAGUAACUCUAUUUAUAAGUAACUUGCCAUCAGAGAAUAAAAGCAAUAUCUUUUUAAGUUCCUAAAAGAUUAAAACGUGUACCAUAAUGUACUCAGAGUAUUAUUUAUCUGGCGAUGAAAUACUUUGAUCAUUUGCAAACAUGCCAUCGUCUGCUUUGCCCUCAGUAUUAUCUAUUUUUAUGUUCUGUAUGGAUGUUUAGAAAUUCUUUAUAUGAAAAAUAAUUGCUGGUUUAAAAAAGACCAUUUUAACAAAGUAACUAUAUUUCUUUUUACAAAAAAAUGCUAUUUUUCUAUGAUGUAAACAAUUGUGAGGUGGCAGAUUUUUAAGGAAGUAUUAUUUUAUUUAAGAGUCUGUAUUCCUUUGUGUGAGAGGAGCCCAGAAGGGGUUCAUGUCUGUUUUAAAGCACACAUCCCUUACCCCUUCACAGCCCAGCUCCUUUUCUUUUGUCUUAGAAAGAGAUGUCCAUAUAGACAUUUUACAGGGUUAACAAAAUGAACAAAGAUGCUUUUGCAAAUGUAGCUGUAAGGUGAUAUUUGAAAAUAACUUGCUCAAAACCAGCCAACACCCUUACAACUAUUUUUGCUGCCAUAUCCACUAGAAUUACCAAAAAACAUAGCUUCAUCUUGGAAUGUCUGUGGGGCUCUCCCCUGAGACUAGACUUUCCUCCUCCCCCCACCCCCUGCCCCAUUACCAUGUAUUGUAUUUUUGUCUAGAAUGAUCCUUAAUUAUUAGUCUCUGCAUAUUUUUUAAAAGCGCCAGAGACAUUAUAUAUAUGCCAGUACAAAAUUACUAUGAGGCCUAUGUAUUCAACUGUGUUUACUGUUGCCGUAGCCUGCACAGAUGACGCAUUUUUAUGCGUUUGCCCCUUCUUUCCAAGUAAGGUGUCUUGUUAGCUAACACUUCCUGAACGGUUUCUUGUUGCUUUCCUUCCUCCUUCCCUCGCUUUUCUUUC